GGCUCCACCAUCCAAUCGCUCGGCGGGGAGGGCGGGGCUGCAGCUGCCUUCGCCGCCGCCUGCGGCUCUUUCUGGAGUGGGAAGCGAUGGAACAAAAGAAGCGCUGAGCGCGGCGGCGGCAGCAGCGCCCAGGCCGCGCCCGGUGCCCCCUGCCCCGCGUCACUCGGUGUCCCCGGCAGCGGCAUGGAGGGGACGCUGCCCCUCUAGGCUCCGCGGCGGCGGCAGUAGGACCCGGACCUAGCCGAGCCCCCCGCCCCCGGCCAUGCCGAGCGGCAGUGCCGCCGCCGCCGCCUGCCCCCAGGAGGAGCCCCCCGAGGCCCAGCGUCUGCCCCCGCCGCCGCCGCUGCUGCUGCUCCAGCAGCCGGACGCUCUGCUCCUGCGGGAGUGCCUGGCCGGGCUGGGCCUCCACGAUCACGGCCUAGCGGGCAGCGGGGAGGCGGCCGCCCGGCAGCAGGCCCGGGAGCGGCUGGCGGGGCUGCCCCCGCUGCCUGAUCCGGCGCGGGAGCCGGGGCCCGACGGGGCGGAGGAGGUCGAGGACGAAGGGGACCUGGAGCUGGAGGAGGAGCUGCUGGCGGAGGAGGAGGAGGAGGACCCGGCCUCGCUGCUGCUCUCCUCGUCCUCCUCUUCCUCGCCCUCGCAGCUGCCGCCGGGGGGGCCGCCGCCGCCUCACCCGCUGCUGCCCGGGCUCGGCUCCGUGCUGCUCUCCCCCGCCGCCGCCUUCGAUGCCCCGGAGCCGGCGGUGGCCGGGGUGCUGUACGGGGCGGACGAUCCCCAGGGCAUGAUGGCGGCGAUGCUGUCCCACGCCUACGGUGGCGGCCUAGGCGGGGGGCCGGCGGCGGCCCCGGCUCUGAACGGGGAGCAGGCGGCGCUGCUGCGGAGGAAGAGCGUCAACACCACCGAGUGUGUCCCGGUGCCCAGCUCCGAGCAUGUGGCCGAGAUCGUCGGCCGUCAGGGUUGCAAAAUAAAAGCAUUAAGGGCCAAGACGAAUACUUACAUUAAGACCCCUGUUCGUGGAGAAGAACCCAUUUUUGUCGUCACUGGACGAAAAGAGGAUGUAGCCAUGGCCAAAAGGGAAAUUCUCUCAGCAGCUGAACACUUCUCCAUGAUCAGAGCAUCACGCAACAAAAAUGGUCCUGCUCUGGGCGGGUUGCCAUGUACUCCCAACCUGCCAGGUCAGACUACAGUCCAAGUCCGGGUGCCUUACCGUGUAGUUGGGCUAGUGGUUGGACCCAAAGGAGCUACAAUCAAAAGAAUUCAGCAGCAGACACACACGUACAUCGUUACUCCCAGCAGAGACAAGGAGCCAGUCUUUGAGGUUACAGGGAUGCCUGAAAAUGUAGACCGUGCGCGUGAAGAAAUAGAAAUGCAUAUUGCCAUGCGCACUGGAAACUACAUUGAGCUGAAUGAAGAAAAUGAUUUCCAUUACAAUGGUACAGAUGUGAGCUUUGAAGGUGGCACCCUAGGAUCUGCUUGGCUUACUUCCAAUCCUGUCCCUCCUAGCCGCACCAGAAUGAUUUCUAAUUAUAGAAAUGACAGCUCCAGCUCCUUAGGAAGUGGCUCCACUGAUUCCUAUUUUGGAAGCAAUAGAUUGGCUGACUUCAGCCCAACAAGUCCAUUCAGCACAGGAAACUUUUGGUUUGGAGAAACGUUGCCCUCAGUGGGCACAGAAGAUCUUGCAGUCGACUCUCCUGCGUAUGACUCCUUACCAACGCCUUCCCAAACUAUCUGGACCCCUUUUGAACCAGUAAACCCGCUAUCUGGCUUUGGUAGCGACCCUACUGGUAACAUGAAGACUCAGCGUCGAGGGAGUCAGCCAUCCACUCCUCGUCUGUCACCUACAUUUCCUGAAACUUUGGAACAUCCGCUUGCUAGGAGAGUGAGAAGUGACCCACCCAGUACAUGCAACCAGGUUGGCCUUCCAAUAUACAUCCCUGCUUUUUCUAAUGGUACCAACAGCUACUCUUCUUCCAAUGGCGGUUCCACAUCCAGUUCGCCACCCGAGUCUAGACGAAAGCAUGACUGUGUGAUAUGCUUUGAGAAUGAAGUUAUUGCUGCCCUAGUUCCUUGUGGCCACAAUCUCUUCUGUAUGGAAUGUGCCAACAAGAUCUGUGAAAAAGAAACUCCAUCAUGUCCAGUUUGCCAGACAGCUGUUACUCAGGCAAUCCAAAUUCACUCUUAAAUAUAUAUAGAUAUUAUA